AUGACCGGGUCGCCGUCAUCAUCGCCGCCUCCAAACUGGCCAAGCCACCUCCCCUACCUCUCCACCACCUCGAUCCCCUCCCCGCUCCUUCCGCCAUCACUGCACGGCCGAUACUGCACCGCGCCGUCCGACACCACACUGCCCGUCCGCGCGACCCAGUACCGCCGUAUCAAGGUGGGGAUACGACGCAUCGACGCCGAUACGCCAUUCAUCCCGCGCACCUUCGUCGGUCCCUCCCCUUCCUCGACGCCGCGUGCGGUUGGCGGUGAAAAGGGGACGGGACGACACCCGGCGUUGGGGCAGUACGGUCUAUUCGCGCUGCAGGAUAUACCACCGCACACCUUCGUACGGCCCUACCUCGGUGUCGUACACGUCGACGCCGAGUCGGACAGGGAAAGCGAGUACGAUAUGAAGGUCGAAUACCUCCCCCACGACGGUAUCGGGUCGGUCGCUAUCGAUGCGACGUCGUGCGGCAACGAGGCUAGAUUCGUAAACGACUACCGCGGUAUCAUGCCACGACCCAACUGUCGACUCGACAACUGGUCCUCCCCCGCGCCCUCGUCGUCGUCCUCCUUGUCGUCCACCACCACGAGCGGCGCGGAGCGACAACAGGUAGGAAUGGGCAUCUACACCGACUCUAAACCCGUCCGUGCCGGAACAGAGUUGACGGUCAAUUACGGAAAGGGGUUUUGGAGUCGAUUCCUGAAUCAGCCCGAUGACGACGAAGAGGGUGUGCAACGACAAGAGGAGGAGGAAGGCGGGUCAAGAGACGGGGCAAAGGGAGGCAAGCUGGACACCAUCCAGGCUCGUUUGGCCCGACAGCGACAGAGGUUGAUGCAGUCCAACAGGGGUCGGGGUUGA